AUGGAGUUUUAUUUUGCACUGAUGUGCAUCAAGAGGUUUAGAUUUACCGUUAAUCAUUCUAUUGUAGCCUCAGAAUUAAAAAUGGAUAAAUGUUUGACAUCAAUUCUUACAAUGGAAUUUGAAGGUGAACAUGUAAAAACAGCUGAAAUGGCGGCCAAUGUAUUACAAUCACGCUUUGAAACAGCAGUACUUGAACAAGAUCGUCUUCAUGAAUUAGGGUGCAACGCUUUCAAGUCAUGGGUUAGAUCUUAUGCAAGUUAUCCAAAAAGUAGUCGAGAAUGUUUUAAUUUCAAAGAUUGCCAUCUUGGUCACUACGCUAAGAGCUUUGCCAUACGAGAUGCGCCAAGAAUAAUUGGAGGAAUUGGUAAACCAAAGAAAGAUCCUAGAAUGAAAAAUCAAAGAAAAAUUCCUAAGGCCGACAGUGGCGCCCUGUUUAAGAAACGAAAAUCCGAUAAGGCUAUAUCUGCUUCAGAGUUCGACAGUGGAAUGAAGGCGAAAAAAAGGAAGAUGAAUUGA